CAAUCGUGCGUCCCACUCGCGGCGAGCGCGGUGCGGCCGUUUCAUGCGUUGCUCUCUGCCGGGCCGGGCGCUCCCAGUGUCGAGCGUGCGUCAGUCACUGCAUGUCUCCAUCGGUUUCUCCAUCCGCCCACCCACCCACCCCGCGGCAUGGUUGUCCACAAGAUCGGAAUUGGAAUCUGGGACCCCAUGCCAUUCAUCAGGGUCACGGCGCACGCGCUUAGACGACGCUCCUCCCGUCCCUGACCCGCUCUCGUUUCCUCCUCUCACGUCUCCGCACUCCACUCGUCGUGCGCGACCUUUAUAUCGAUCGAGCAGGGACGAGCACGACAUCGACCAUCGUAGCUCGACUGACUCUGCGCGCCCAAAUCACGUUCGUGUCCGGUGCAGUGAGUGUGUGAGGCCGGCGCCUGGAGUGAGAGCUUAUAGCUGCCACCAAGGAUGGGGGCGGAGGCCACGGCGGUGAGGAGCAGGCGGCAGCCGUCCCUGCCCCUGCCGCUGCCGCCUGCGCUGCGCCACGUCCGCGAGCCGUCGAGGGCGACCAUGGUGGCGGACCUGGACCUGGACGACGACGCGCCGGCCACGCCGCCGCUCCGCCCGCCCGUCGCGGUGCCGUUCCUCUGGGAGGAGGCGCCCGGGAAGCCCAAGCCGCAGAGCGACCCCGGCAACAGCGUUACGCCGGCCGCUCCGGCUGACGCCGCGAGCCACGUUCUCGCGGACGGCGAUGCCCCUGCCACUGACGCUGCCAGUGACGGCGGUGAUCACGACGGCGGGAGCGCCGGGGCGUGCCCCGUGCCGCUGAAGCUGCCGCCGCGGCUUCAGGUGACGUCCACCGCGGAGCACCCGCUCCUGUCCCCUAAGACCGUGCUCCACGGCCCCUACGGCUGUGCCGGCGGCGCCAGGAGGCCCCCGAGGGCGCUGAAGAGGAGCGGGAGCGUCGCUACCUUCAGGAGGACUCCGAGCGCCGGCGUUGGAUUCUUUUCUUGGAGGAAGGUUUCGGCCGCGUCGCCUGGAAUCGGAAGCAAGAAAGGUGGCCACGAUCACGACGCCUGCAGCUGUUCGACAGCGGCGUCUUCCCCGGCCUCGUCGUCGUCUUCCUCAUCGGUGUCCUGCUUCAGCGACGAUCACGGCCACGGAGCUCAACGACGGCCGGCAGAUGGGCGCGAGGAUUCUGAGGACGAGGAGGGCGCCAAGGGGUCGGUGAAGAUCACGAGGUUCAGAAGGAACAGGAGCCUGACCAACAUGACCACGUCUCGUUUGUGGGUCAGCAUCUGCAAGAGCGUCAAGCAGAUUACUCCAUGGAGCUAAAGGUCGGCGCAAUCGGGAGCUGUUCAAAUUGUGUAACAAAUCAAGCACCGGCAUAUUUACUCCAUUCGCUAAAAUGCAUGGAGCUACCGCUGCAUAGGCCUAAAAACUUGGCCAUGCACAUAUCUAUGGACUAUGUACACUUGCUAACUUUGAUCAUCACGUGUGUAUAUUGCUUGACGCAAUGAAGCAAUUAGCGGUGAUGUAUGCGUGGCUGGUGCGUGCUAAGGUUGCGCUGAACGUAACGUGGACUUGCUGUAUUGAUCUAACUCACUACUCCGUUUAGUUUUGCUUGUUUUAUAUAUGUAGCUGUAUCUUCCUUGUGUAAUCUAUUAACGUACCAGAUUUCGAGUUUGGC